CGAUGAUGAAUUAUUUUUAUUCAGUUGUUUUUUAGUCGUUCUCGGCAUAGUUUAUUUUGGGCUUUUUUCUUUCUCUGAGUCUCUCCGCACUCUUUUCCUUUCUUCUUAUUUUUUUUUUCUUGCUUUCUCUUGCUCAACAUUUUGGAUUUUUGCCGAGGAAAAAGAAAAAAAAUCCAUUGAUUACCGAAGAAAAAAAAAAGAUAGAACACUCAUAUUAUCAACAUGUCUGUCUACGAUCGCGACGAUUUUUAUGCUACCCCUGGCCACCGUAACCACACGGCAACGGCGGGUUCCCCGCCACCCCCAGUACCACAUCAUGUAGACUCACCUGCGAUGAGAGAUACUUCGUUUGAUAACUAUCCGCUUCAUGAACAACACUACACGCCUCCUCCGGCGGCACCUGGCGGUUAUCCUCCAAGUCCGUUUCAGCGCCAGUCCUUGGGUGACAACGGCGGCAUGGUCGGCGGCUAUAACCAACGUGCCUCCAUGUCCGAUAUGAAAUUGACCGGGCAUUAUGACUCGGAUGACGAAGAUUAUAUGCUGGAAGGUGGCCGGGUCCGAGUCCAGAAAAAACGCGGAUGCAUGGACAAAGUAUGCUGCGGUUGUUGUACCUGCUGUCCCCGGUGGGCCCGCUACUGCUCGUGCGUUUGUCUGUUGAUCCUUGUCAUGAUUGGUAUUGUGGUGGGCGUGUUGGCGGCCAUCUUCAAAGUGCCCGAAGUCAACUUUAACGGUAUACAAGGCGAACCCCAAGUCAACAUGACCGGAUCCACCAUGAACUUGGCUUUCAAAUUUGAUAUCGGCGUCAAUAACCCCAACGUCGAAAGUAUCACAUUUGAAUCCAUCGUCGCCAAGGCUUAUUACCCUGGUUUCCAUGAUUUGCAAAUUGGUGGCGGACAAGCGAACGAUGUGCAUAUUAAUAGCAACGGCAUUACCAACAUCACAUUUCCGUUUGAUCUGCAUGUGGAUACGGCAGAUGACCGGUACAAGGGUAUCAUUACCGACUUGCUAGGAAAAUGUGGCUUGAUGGGAGGCGAGAAGCAAUCCAUCAAAGUCGACUACGAUAUCAUCCCCACCGUACGCAUCAUUGGCAUCGCUAUUUCACCCACCAUUUCCCAAUCUUCCACCUUCCCUUGUCCCAUUAACAGCAACGACUUGUCCUCGCUGGGCGGUUUAUCGUCCAUGGUACCUGGUCUUGGUGGCAGCGAUGCUGGGUCCGGCACAGACGGUGCCGCAUCUGCUUUAUCUUCGGCCGCGUCAGCAGCCGGAUUGUAACCGAUUUUUUCUUCUUCUUUAUUCCCUCUCUUGUACACAAUAGAAUAGUCCCUGUGCAUGCUUUAUAUUUAACCGCUCCUCAUUCCUUUUUGACUAUCAACGUGUAUAGCCUUCCCGUUUUUCCCAUUUUUCCCAUGUUGUAUUUUAUACCUUUUUCCUUUCCUUCUUUUCAAUCUAACCAAUAACAUCUUUUGUUUUUUAUCCGUUUUCAAUUCUGUAACCAUCACAGAUAAAAAUCUUUUUGUUUGUCAUUACAUGAGACAUGUGGGGCGCAUGACUUUUUUCCGAGAAAGAAAUUGCUAAUUUCGGCAUUUCAUGUUGUAAGCCUUUGCAUUUUCUACGCAGUGCAAAC